AUGGUAGUGAGAUCCCUAAAUGAUUGCUCAUUGAAGAUACAUGGAAUUCCUAGUUCAGCUGUGCAGAUAAACCAGGGGCAAGAUGCGAAAGUAGUAGAUAAGGUUGCUCGGAAUGACAAUGUGUGCACCUUGUGUGAGGAAUUUGCUACUGAAUCAAUUGAUUUCCUUUUACAAAACCACACCCGGACUGAGAUAGUUGAUAUGCUUCAUGAGAGCUGCUCCAGUGUAUCAUCUUUCGAAAAGCAGUGCAUUAGACUGGUGGACUACUAUGUUCCUCUCUUCUCCACGGAAAUCUCUUCAAUACAGCCUGAAGUUUUCUGUCAAGAGGUCAACCUAUGUCAAAAAGUUGCACUUAUAUCUUCACAAAUCCGUGAAGAGAGCUGUGGCAUGUGCCACCGUGCUGUUUCAGAAGUACUAUUUAAGUUGAAAGAUCCUGAUACACAGCUGGAGAUAAUUGAGCUCCUUUUGAAGGGAUGUAAUUCAGUGCAGAACUAUGCCAACAAGUGUAAGAGGAUAGUUUUCGAGUAUGGGCCUCUGAUUCUUGCAAAUUUAGAGAAGUUUCUCGAAACAACUGAUGUAUGCUCCAUACUCCAUGCCUGUAAUGGUGCUGAGUAAGCAUCAGUGGCAGAUUCAUAACCGUUGCCUAAAUUAUUGAUAACCACAAGGAUAUGUUCUGUAAAAUAGUGUAAAAAGUUUUACUCCCUGGUGUGCGAUUGUGCAAUGUAUAAGAAGAAUAAUAAUGAAACGUUGUAAGAUAUGUAUUACUCAAAUUUGAUUGCUUGUUAAAGUUGUCCGGAUCAGAAAUGU